AUGCCAUUCAAUCCAUUCAAAUUAGAUGUUGCCGAAAACUAUCUAUUUCAAUACUUUCAAUCCACUGCAUCCUGCUCUUUAACAACCUUCGGCCAUGACCCGACUAAUGUGGGCAACAUGCUUAUCCGCAUGGCUCUCAUUAAUAACGCCCCAUCCACCGCUGCAGUGCUGCGGUCUUUGCUCGCGUUGUCCUCGCUGCACCGUUCUGGACUGCAAUCACAGGCUGCCGAGCUCAAGAUAGCUGCCUUGAAAGCCCUAGGCGUUGCAUCAAAUUGCGAAAUUGGUACUAUGGAAACAAUGCAGCAUGUUGCUGCGGGGAUGCUCUUAUGCUCAUAUGAGAUCCACCAGGCGUCAUGUACCUCCGGCCAAUGGAGAUCGUACAUUAUCGGUGUCAAAAGUGUAAUCAAAGCCUCAUCUCUCGACAUUUAUAAAAGGGAUAGCGACUUCAAUGCCUUGCUUGACUGGGUAUACUACCAUGAUGUAUUAUCCCGUUUCAGUAUCGCACACUGGCACCCGUCGGCGAUCGACAGGCCUCUCGUGCAUUCGGACGAGCCGGUAGACAUCCCAUCGCCGCCGAUGAAUACUGAUCCCUGUAUCGAGGUUGGCAUAAUCACACACUCAGCCCAGUCCCCCUUUACCAAAAUUCUCAGGUCUUUGACUGAGGUUUGCAAUCUAGUCGCAACAAAACUGUCCAAUAUGUUUUCGUCCGAAGAAGCCGACGACUUUGAAAGCUACGUUAAAAUCCUGGCAUGGAGGAUCCAGUCCAUCCCGAUCUCAGACACGAUAAUCGACGAGAAUCCGAGUAUGGUGACUUUUGUGGAACUCUUCCAACUAGCCACUCUCAUCUACCUUAACCGAGCCUUUGGAAACAUCCUAGAACCAGCUUCCCAAACCCAACAACGGGUUGAACAAGCCUUCGAAAAAAGGGAUUCAUCGCGCUCCCUAUUUCUGACCAAGAAGCUGAUUCAGGCCAUAUGGAUUCAAGAUGAUCUUGCCCAUGGCGAGAUUGACUAUACUGAAAAGCUUAGUGCUAUUUUGAGCUGUUGCACUAUUUUGCCUACCUUUGUCUAA